AUGUCUCAUGAGGAAUCUCAUGUUGUUUGUUCCGAACCUAGACUCCCCAGGGUGUCCGUCCAUGUCGACCCUGCCCGUCUUCACCGCAGGUCUUUCAGCCUCAGGCCCCACCGUCUCGCCAUGGGCGUGCGACAUCUCCAUGUGGCGCUAGUCGUCGUACUGGCGCUUCCCGUCCCAGGUGUGGAAAUCGUGAUCGAUGCCAGUGGAGAGCAGAUGGGGAGCACCCACAUGCUGCGUCGAGAGGAGGCCUAUGUGACCUAUUCAACGACGCCUCAUCCAUGCACGGACAAGACCUUGUGUUCGGGAUGUGAAGGACUUGGGCGGUCGACGUGCGAGAGUGCCUGUUGGAAGGAUGAGGAUGAAGACAGGAACCGACAAUGCGUUUGGACCACACUGUGGAAUUGUACCCACAAGGCAGGAGGAGCUUGGUGCUAA